AUGCUGCCUAGGAUUACUUAAAGCUAAUAACUUCAUAUAUUGAAUUAUUCUGAAAAAGCAACUUUAAACGAAGUAAAAAGAAGAAAAAAAGAACUGGAAAUAUAAGCUUAAAGUGUGGAAAAUAGAAUUAGAUAACUUAGGAAUGAGGAAGGCAAAUUAAUUAAAAGAAUUAAAUAAACAGAACAAUUGACAUCAGAUGUUUAUAAAUAGAAAGUAGCUGCAUAAAUGAAAGUAGCAAAUAAAUAUUUAUUAUAGAAACAACGAAAAUUACAAAAAAAUGCUAUUUAUUUUAGAAGUGCAUAAAAUAAUACAAAAGUAUUGACGGAAUAAUCUGCUGGUAAGGAGAGAAAUACAGAACUCUAUUUUAAAAAAACGCUAGAAAGAAAUUAAUUGAAAAUAGUCUAAUAAGAAUUUAGAUAAUAUAAGCAUAAUGAAGUCUAAAAUUAUAGAAAAUUAUUAAAAUUUGAGCAAUUUCAGUUUAUAGAGGAAUAAAGAAAGUAGCAUGAAAAUUAGAAAUUAAAGGCUGCCUUAAGAAAAUAAGAGUAAAAUUUAUCUGAGGUUUUAAUUCGAGAAAAAUUAAAUGAAAAAAAAAAUAAAAUAAAGUAAGAAUUGGACAAAGAGAAAUUCAAAACAAUUCAAGAAAAUGAAGAAAGAGAACUACAUAUCAAAUAAUUAGAAAUUGAGGAACUGUAGAUAGUUUAAAAAUUAUAAGCAACUCAACAGAGGGAGAAGGAUGUCAAAGGCAAAUUAAUUGCUGCUACCAGGUUAUAACCUGAUUAAUUUGCUAAAACAUUUCAUUCUUUAAAUCACACAUAAUUUAUUGUUGAACAAUCAAAUGCAUAAAAUUAUGUAUUUUUAUAAUUUAUAUUAGAAAUAAGAAGAUAGUGCAUAAUAAUGUUAAAAUAAUAAUGAACAAAAUUAAGAUUAACCUAAUGGAGGAUAAUAAGGAACAUAAACUGAAGAGUGA